CAUUUGUACGAUAAACAGUAUGGCAAAUAACGUGGAUAAGACUCGCACUAACCAAGUUCAAGUUGAAAAUCAAGAAGAACAACAAGAAAAGAACUUGGGAUGUUGGGCGAAAUUCAAAAGCUUAUUUGAAGACAGGGGGUUUGAUUUGGAAUACGAAUACCGCUCUCCUGCGCUGCACGCUUUCGAAACUGGACGUCACUCUGAUGGUUUCAGACGCGUCACUGAAAGACGGCUUUCUUCCGAGGAGAAACGGAAAGCUUUUCAAGAAAAAGUGGCACAUUUCGAAGAAGAGGAGAACGUUGACAAUUUUUAUGACCAAUUUGCUAGUAGCGAUAAUUCGUUAGAAAUUACCGAAUCACAGAAGAGACACUCGAAGUACAGAAAUCGGGUGUCCAUUAGGCCCAGUAUUUUCUUGACGAAUAUACAAGAAGAAACAAAUAGUAUUAAAGACUCUGAAGUGGAUGAGUCAGAAGAUGAAUUAGAAGAGAACAGGUCGCCGCCGCCCGCGCACAUCCCUACUGCCCUGCUCUACGCGCCGCCGGAGCCUCUCGAGCUGCUAUGCGUGUUCCCGGACCGUGCCUCCCGCGUGUGCGCAGCCGCGUGCGCAGCGGCGGCGCGCUCUGGCGGCGAGGCGCGCGCGGUGCGCACGGCGCGCGAGGCACUCGACGCGCUGCGGCGCGACGGCGACGCGCGGCUGCCGCAUGUCGCCGUGGUUGACGCGCGGCAACCGCAGGCGCUUGAUGCUGCGAAUCUCGCCAGAACAAUACGACAAGCCAAGAACACUCAGCACAUAAUUCUCAUAGCAGUUGUCAAGAAAAGCGCCUACCUGAAAGAUGACUUCGCCACACUGCCUUAUCUGGAAGUGGGUUUUAAUAGGGUGAUGGUGGAGACAGUGGGCGCGACGGCGUGGUGCGCGGAGGUGCUGCAGGCGCGAGCCGCGGCGGCGGCGGCGCGUGCGCAGAUCGCCGCCAUCGCCGCGCUGGCCGCCGCCGCCGACCGCUGCCGCGACCUCGUCGCCGUCACCGACGACCAGCAGAGGAUAUUGGUGACAAACAAAGCCUGGUGCCGGGUGCUUGGCUGGCGGGCGGAGGACGGAGCGCGUCUCGCAGAUUCGGCGGGUGGCGAGGCUAUGAGACUGGCUGCUAGCGGCGCGCGUGAGUGGGAGGCACCGGUCACGUUGCGUCGGCGCGGCGCUCCAGACCCGCUGCUGCUGCCAUGCCGAGGCGCUUCUAUAGCCUUGAACAGGAGCACAUCUCACCUUGUCCUGGUGUGUGAGCCUGGCAAUGCCACCGAGGCCGGUGCGGCGCGCGGCUCGCUCCACUCGAUCCGGCGCGGUUCGCUAGACGUGCGCUCCGUGGCCUCUGACGGGCUACGGCGGACUUCGCUCGCCAAACUACAGGGUCUGCCACUUGAAGCUCCUAUCACUAAGGUGAUAUCCCUCCUAUCCACGGCCACAGAUGGCGCCCCUCCAUCCACGAUAGCUUGCAUCGAGCGCGCCGUGGACAUGCUUAGAACCUCCGAGCUCUACUCUCCACAAAUGAAAGAUGAACCCAAACUGCGAGUCGAAGAUCCCAUCGCUACUGAUCUUAUUGGCGCAUUGCUGUCGCGGGAGCAAGUGAACACAAACCUAUUUUAUAUGCAAGGACCAUCAAACGUGUUAUCGUCGCGGCGAAGCAGCAACGAUUCUACCGUCGUGCGCUCUCAGAACAAUAGGACAAACAUUAAGCAUAAGACGUCAGGGCAACUCCGAGAACUUCUUGAUACAGCGCUGAACUGGGACUUCGAGAUCUUCCGACUCGAAGAGCUAACACGUGGAAGGCCGCUGGCUCACCUCGGUCUAGCCCUCAUGGGCGGUCGCUUCGAUGUGUGUUCGGCUCUCGAGUGCGACGAGCGUACACUGCUGCACUGGUUGACUGUUAUAGAGACCAAUUAUCAUGCUGUCAAUACGUACCACAACUCGACUCACGCCGCUGAUGUUCUUCAAGCAGUAGCAUACUUCCUCGAGAAGGACCGCUUGAAGACAGUGCUAGAACCCAUCGAGGCGGCAGCUGCCCUCAUCUCCGCAGCAGCCCACGAUGUGGACCACCCCGGCACCACAUCUACCUUCCUCUGCAACUCGCGGCACCCGCUCUCCAUCCUGUACAACGACAUCAGCGUACUGGAGUCGCAUCAUGCAGCGCUCACCUUCAAGCUCACACUCAAUGACGACCGCGUGAACAUAUUCAAGAAUCUCGACCGCGACACGUACAAGACGGUGCGGCACAACGUCGUGGACAUGAUCCUGGCCACGGAGAUGACGCGCCACUACGAGCACCUCGCCAAGUUCGUCAACGUGUUCUACGCCAAGGGCAACGUGGGCGGCAGCAAGGAGGACAACAUGAAUACUGAUGAUCCUCCCUCGCUGGACCCGGCAGCCAUCACCCAGCCGGAGAAUGUGGUGCUGGUGAAACGCAUGAUGAUUAAAUGCGCCGACGUAUCUAAUGCUUCGCGGCCGCAGAAGUUUGCCUUUGAAUGGGCUAGAAGAAUUGCGGAAGAGUACUUCCUACAAACAGACGAGGAGAAGGCUAAGGACCUGCCAGUGGUGAUGCCGAUGUUCGACCGAGCUACCUGCUCGAUCCCGCGCUCGCAGAUCGGCUUCAUUGACUACAUCAUUAAGGACAUGAUGGAUGCCUGGGCCGUAUUCAUCGACAUGCCGGAGCUGGUGACGCACGCGAAGCAGAACCACGCGCGCUGGAAGGAGCUGGACGAGGCGGGCGUCACCACCAUCGCCGACGUGCGCCGCGCCCAGCGCGCCGCCGCCCCCGCCGCCUCCGCCGCGCUGCCCGCCCCGGACUCCACCGUCGAGGAGUAACCGAGACCUCAACCGACGACGCACAACGCAACGGACACACUUACGAUGAUUCUCGUUCGAAAAUCGAUUCUAAUUUGUCUGUCAUCUGAUUCGCUAGGGGGUUCCCUUUGAGACUAAUUUCGUAGCGACACAAUUCUCUCGAGAACUCAUUGAAACGCCUAAAGACACAGUAUCGCGUCAUGUGUUGGCGUGUCGAGACAUCGAGUGUGUUUUAUGUGCUGCUGCAGAUUUGUACAAGUAAUGAUCCGCCAGAUACGACUUUGAGAAAAAUUUAAAAGUCCUUCGGAUUUUAAAUACCUAAAUCUCUGUCACAGUGGUUUAAACAAUGUCUGCUGUGGUAGGUACAGUAUCAUGCCUAGUAUGACGUCAAAUAGCUGUGUGUUGCAUCGAAUAUCAAAAGUUAAAAAACUCUUCUACAUCUGAUAGACUCGGCAACACUGAAUGACAACUUUGGUUCAUUGUGAACGUAGUAAUCGCUCACUUAUAUGCAUUGAGAUUCAAAUAAACGUGUUGACGUAGGUAAAAAGAACUAAAACGGCUUCAAGGUAUUAAUAUUCAUCAGGCGUAUGAGGAUGAUGGGAAAGUACCUUGUCCCUUUUUGAAGUAACAGAUGAUUCAGCGAUAAACUCGCACUGAAAUAGAUUUGAAAAUAAUCAAGUAAAAUAUAAUUCACAUCUAAAUGGUUUAUAAAAACUUGGGUAGGUAUCUACUAUUAGUAGGUAUGGUCGUUUCUACUCGGAAACCUAGAAAAAAGAUAAAUUAUUAAAGAAAUCAAUGUCGACAAUUGACAUCAAAAAUAAAUCUCGAUUUUACUAAAAUAUACGCAAAUGCAACAAUUACGGGUGUAACACGGAAUUCUGAAGAUCUAUAAAAUUUAUAUGUUCUUGUGAACAUGUAGUGCCUAACUGAAGAAUUUGAUGUGGCACUUAUAAGGCCAGAAACGAGACCAAGUAAAAUAUACUUUACUUGUAUAUGAAUAGGGUUGAAAGUCCUACAACGUUCUGUUGUCUGGAUUAAAUUUGGAGUGUUCGGGAAAAGACUGGGCGUCUAAGACUAUCCGCAGUUGCAUGCUGACCGAUUACUUUUUCAAUUUUAAACUUCUCUUUAUCGUAAUUUUGGAAUUCAUACUUUAUUAUGUAAGAAGCAAGGUUGCUUUUGCACCGGUACCAAUUAGUGAAAGAAGUUGAUAAGGUAAUCGGUUUCCUCAUGAACAGUGGGUAAGUCUAAAAUGGAACAUAGAUAGACAAGAACGACGCCUAACGGACGUGUCCGAAAAUACGCUUAUUUUAUACUUAUAUCCAUGUUAGUGUGAAUAUCAUUGAUAUAAUAGUUAAUCUACUUUUUUAAGUAGCCAUAUUUAUUAGGUAAUAUUGAAUCCAAAAUAUUUACUAUAUUUAUACCCCAACAUACCAAAACUGAUUUUCAUUAUUCUACUAUAGAUGUUAAUAAUUGGCAUAAUCUUUAAUAGGUACAAAUAUUAUUUAUGGUGACGAUGUUUAGUAGCCUUCUACUAUUCGUCGUGUACUUAGCUACUUUUAUUGUUGUUUUAGAGUAAUCCGUGAUAAAAGUGCCAUAUAGAACAUUGGCCAAUCGUAUCCACUGAUCAUUCUAUCCCUCAUAUUUCACUGCAUCCCAUGACAGUAUAUCCAUUUAGUUUUAAUAUAUUAAAACUUCUGCCAAACCAUUCUCAAACUAUUGACUGUCACUUUAUAGUAUGAAAAUUGAAAACAUUGGUCCAUUUAUACACUUGAGCUUUCAAAGAAUUCCUAUUUUUAUAAACUUUUUAUAGUAUUUCUAAAUUUUCGGAUUCAUAUCAAUCGUAAUAGGACUUUUUGAGUAUUUUAUUCUAUUUCCAAAUUUUCCAUUCAAUUUAAGUUUUCGGUUUUUACACUCCUGAAAAUGUCUAUAUUUUCAACCGACUGUACUUUAUAUACCAGUGGUGAGGUGUUUUAUCCCUUCGAGGCGGUUUUGCGUAUGUUAAAUACCGCAUGAUGUGAUACGACACGAGUAGGUAAUGAAUUAGCCUAAUCCUCGGGAAAGAAUGUUGACACCUCAUCACUGUUUAACCUACAACGCUAAUCUAGCCUUUAUUUUCUGAUGUUGUGUAAUUUGGAAAAACAAAACACCGGCAAAAAAGCGAUCUUUCAAACGAUUUCACGGUUGAAAUUUAUUACGUGAUACAUAUAUUUUAGAGCUAGCAUCUACUGUUGCCGAUUGAAGGACUCCGCAAAAUGGAAGUUUGUCUUCACGGAAGAUAAGUAGAUAAUUACUUUGACAUGGUUUUAGUUAUCUUAUCAUUUUAUUGAUUAAAAUCCAAUGUUUUAAUUAAAUCGGUCAAGCCAAACCACUCCAGACCUAAGUGGCAUGCUUACAAAUGUUAAUGUGCAAAUUAAAGUCUAGGUUAGCGUUUGUACAGUUGGGUCUAAACCUAUUUAUAUAAGUAGUUGUAACAUUAGUUACGAAUAUAUUGUAUACAUCAACCACUUGAAUAUUUGCUGUAGCUACCUAAUUAAUUUUCGAAUAAGGUCUAAUAUAUUGAUAAACAUUUGUUCUAUAUACAAUCGUCUGCGCGACGCUGGUCUAAUAUUAAAUUAAUUAUUACCAACUUGUAUUCUGUAGUUAAUAAUUAAUUAAUGAGAAUAAGAAUACGCUUCCUUGUGCUCAAUGUCAAUACAUAACGGUCUAACAUUAAUAUUUACUAUUAUAUUCAUACCUUUCUACUUAUUUAUAUUGUGUAACCACUUAAUUCAAUGUGUUACUUGUAGGUCGCGGUUGUUCAAUCUCAUUAAAUGCCCACUUUAUAUUUUAAAUAUUUGCCUACUAACAGUAUAUGAUACCAAAUUAGAUUGAAUUAUUAUAUUGUUAUAAUCGCUGUUUAGCUCAAUUUACUGUGUAGACUAACUGGCUACAUGUUGGUUUCAGAUAGUAGGAGCCGCGUUUUAAUAGCAAUACCUAAUAAUUAAUAAUCGUUAAUAUCGGCAAAUGUGUCGUGGUAUUCUUUCCCAAGUAUAUUUGAAAGUAUCGUUGCUAUCACGUGCCAAAUAUAUAAGGCUACAUUCUAUCGACAUGUAGUAAAGUGAUAUGUUUUAGUUAUUUGAUAAAUGUCCACAGCAGUACUUAAAUCUAAACCAAUUAUUGAGUACAAUCGAAGACCGUCAAAAUCUUCUUCUUAGUUAUACAGUUGUCUGACCUGCCUGCAACUGUAUAUUCUCACAAUUAGCCUACAUUGUAAUAGCAACAUAAAUUCCUACUUUCUCAAACCAACACGACAGUAUAUUUCUGUUAAUUUACUUUUAAUUGUCACGUUUUAGUAAUAACUAAUUAAGAAUAAGGGGGCUGGUCCCUAUAUUUAAUUGUGGAGUUAAGUAAUUACGUUGUUGUGAAUUUUAUAUGCGAAGCUAUGCGUUGUAUAAGUACCAAUUAAUCAAUGUUAUUAUAAAGUUAAAAUUCUAUUACUUCCCAGAGGAGUGAUGCAUCAGGUCGUCGCUUUAUUCCUUAACCUUUUAACCGCCGCGACUAUUUUAUCAUAACUCGCGAUAGUAAACCUUAUCGGAAUGAAAGUGAAUUUUAAACUUUACUUGCUGUUACAGUCGGUAGCGGGAAAAUAAAAGGUUACCUAAUACUUAUUGGUUGAGAGUUUCCGAGUAAAUUUGGCAUAGGCAUCAUUUUAUUAAAGCCGAUAUGAACUUUGUUUCUAAAAUUACUUUUAUAUUAGUAUUUUGACAGCUAUUCCCGCCAGUUCUUAUAAAUCGAUCGACCUAUCUUCGUUUAUGUGCUUCAGAGGUAACGACAAUACUAAAUGGUCACGUUCUCUUGAUACAAAGUCGAAUAGUAAACAUCAUAAAUCAGCUUACUCGUAGCUCUCCUUACAUUAGCCAUUGUAUCUCUCGGCCAAUACAAUAUAAAGGUAUAAAGCGACGAAAAGUAUUUCUUUCAUAAUAUAGAUAAACGGAGACAAAAAUUGUUGCUUGAGAUUUAACUAUGUACGAUUUAGACAAAGUAUCUCACAUAAGUUCCAAUUUAACAUUGAAUCUUAAGCAGCAGUUUUGAAUAACACACUAAUACGUACAUUUUGAAUGAAUGUCUAUGUUUGGAGUAAUAUGAACGCAAAUUGUUAAGUGUUGUAAAAUAAAAGAAAUAUUUACAA